AUGCAUUUAGAUCCUACAACUACGGUACCGCCAACUGUGCCUAGUCGGACCACACUGGCACCACUGCUCAGGCUCUUUACUUUGCCACCGAUUCUCACGUUACCUCCGCCGCCAACAAUUGACUCUUAUGGAAUCAACACGAUUCCGGAGUUACCACCACAGCAUGAAUCGAUCUAUGCGGGCAUGUUUGCACCAGAUGGCAGUUUAAUCAAAAAGAAUACGAGUACUGUGAAGCAAACCGAAACAAACCUGAUUUACGAUCAAGAAACUGGACAAACAGGACGUGAACGUGGCGCCCGGGCAGCUAUAAUACGAGCUCUGGACGAACGGAUUGCUGAUGAGGAUGAUCACAACUUGUUCGAUGGCGAGAAAGUUCUCGACGAUCGCGAAGAACUGAAAACUUUUGAGGGCUUCUUACGACAAAAUGCACCACGGGUUGAGACAACAAACCAGCCGGAUGCCAGUGAAACUACUUCCGAAGUAACUCCAGCUCAGCGUGAAGUAAGAAAAAAUUGCCAAUAA